AAUCAUUUCUUACCUAAUACUUACUUCAAAAAACAAAACCCUAAAAGGGAUUGAUUCGCCGCAAGAUUUUUUAUUCUCCUCUCUCCCAUUUAACCUUCAUCAUCUCUCUUAUUAGCUAACAGUUUUCAUUACCUGCUCUAUGUUGAGAAAAAAUAACUUUCUUGGAGUUUAAUUAGUCAAAGAUGGGAUUUUUAUCAACACCAAAGCUUCAAUUUUCAGCUUAUACAUGUGGGAUUUUGUAGUUUUAAGGUUUAUAUAUGAUAAAGUUUUGGCUUUUUUUACCUUUCUUGGGUUGCUAGGUUUUGUGGGUACUGAUUAUAUUUGUUGUAGAAUUGAGUAUAUAAUUGGUCUUUGAUCAUGGAGCUUUCUUGGUACUAUUUUGUUUGAUCAAAGAUUGGAUUUUUAUGAGCUUAAAGGUUUGAUUUUGAGGUUGUGCACGUGGGGUUUUGUAGUUUUUAAGGUUUAUAUAUAUAUGACAAAGUUUUGUUUUGAAUAGCUUUCCUGAGUUGUUAAGGCUUGUGGGUAUUGAUUAUAUUUGUUGUGGAAUGAGUGAGUGAAGAUGGUAUCUGAAUUGGGGAGGAGACCGAUGAUUGGGAACAAUGAAAAUUCAUUUGGAGAUGAGUUUGAGAAAGAGAUUGGGAUGUUACUUCAUGAUCAGCGAAGACAAGAAGCUGACGAUCGCGAAAAGGAGCUGAAUAUGUAUAGAAGUGGCUCAGCUCCACCUACUGUUGAAGGUUCAUUGAGUGCAGUGGGUGGAUUGUUUAACAAUAAUGGUUUCAUGUCUGAGGAGGAGCUUAGGUCUGAUCCUGCUUACUUAUCUUACUAUUACUCGAACGUAAACCUUAAUCCUAGGUUGCCUCCACCACUUUUGUCCAAAGAAGAUUGGCGGUUUUCACAGAGGUUGCAAGGAGGGAGCUCCGCUAUUGGUGAUAGGAGGAACAUAAACAAGAAUGAUAAUAAUGGUAAUGGUAGGAGGUCACCCAUGCCUCCAGGAUUUAACUCGAAAAAAGCAGAGAGCGAGAACGAGACGGAUAAAUUGCAGGGUUCAGUGGAAUGGGGUGGUGAUGGGCUGAUUGGUUUGCCGGGACUAGGAUUAGGUAGUAAAAAGAAGAGCAUUGCUGAAAUAUUCCAGGAUGACUUCAGCCGUGUGUCUCCUGCUCCUGGUCACCCUUCGCGGCCAGCUAGCCGAAAUGCUUUUGACGGAAGUGGUGAUGCAGCAGAAGCUGAGCUUUCGUUUUCUUCUUCAAAGCCUUUAAGGUCUGGAUCAAGCACACAAAUCCCAUCUGAUGAGGUGGCUGCUUCCUAUUCAUAUGCUGCUGCUUUAUCAAGAAGUACCACUCCUGAUCCCCAACACAUUGCGAGGGUUCCUAGUCCUUGCCUUACUCCUAUUGGUGGAGGGAGGGUAGUCAAUUUAGACAAGAGAAGUGUUAAUAGUCCAAAUUCAUUUAAUGGUCACACAACUGAGUCUUCAGAGCUUGUUGCUGCUUUGUCUGGCAUGAAUCUAUCUAAUGGUACGUCGGAUGAGAUCAUUUCUCUGAUUGAACAGGACAUUGGUUUUAAUACUAUCCUCACCAAUCUUGCAGGUGGGCAAAAUAACACGAAGCAGCAUGAAUUUUUUAAGCAAUCUGAAUCCCCACAGUUUAAUAUGGCUUCUACUGUUCAGUCUGCGAAAGUACCAUAUUCUGUCGGCUCAGACCUUAAUAGUUCUAACCGCCAAGCUGCUUUCUCCAAUAAUUCAUACCUCAAAGGAUCCCCAACAUCUGGAUUGAAUAGUGGAGGUGGCGUACUUUCUCAAUAUCCACAUUUGGACAGUCCAAAUUCAUCUUUUUCUAAUUAUGGUUUAAGUGGUCAUCCUCUCAGUCCAAUGUCAAGCCAUCUUGGCAACUAUAAUUUGCCACCUUUAUUUGGAAAUGCUGCUGCUGCAUCAGCUAUGGCUGUACCUGGAUUGGACUCUCGAAUCCCUAAUUUGAGUGCUGCAACCUCAGAGCAUAAUCUCAGCAGAAUGGGAAAUCAAAUGGGUGGGCCGUCAUUCGUGGACCCUAUGUAUCUUCAGUACUUGACAGCUGAAUAUGUUGCGCAGGUUGCUGCUCUUAAUGAUCCUUCCUUGGACAGGAGCUACAUGGGCGGCAAUUCGUAUGUAGACUUGCUUCAGAAAGCUUAUCUUGGUAAUAAUGUUCUACCUCAGAAAUCUCAAUACAAAAGCAGUGGUUCAGGUCAUCAUGGCUAUUAUGGAAAUCCUGCGUUUGGAGUUGGCUUGUCAUAUCCUGGAAGUCCUUUAGCAAGUCCUGUCGUCCCAGGCUCUCCAGUGGGACCUGGUAGUCCUAUGAGGCAUAGUGAUUAUAAUAAUAUGAGACGAAUGAGAAACAUAGCUGCAGGUGUCAUAGGACCAUAUCACUUGGAUAAUAUGGAAAACAGCUUAGCAUCCUCCUUACUGGAAGAGUUCAAAAGCAACAAGACCAGGUGUUUUGAACUUUCAGAAAUUGUAGGCCAUGUUGUUGAGUUUAGCGCCGACCAGUAUGGGAGCCGAUUCAUUCAGCAAAAGCUGGAAACUGCCACCACUGAGGAGAAAAACAUGGUGUUUCAGGAAAUUUUUCCCCAAGCUCUUACUUUGAUGACUGAUGUCUUUGGAAAUUACGUAAUCCAGAAGUUUUUUGAACAUGGAAUGGCAUCUCAGAGGAGAGAAUUAGCUGGCAAGCUCUUUGGCCAUGUUUUAACACUGAGCCUUCAAAUGUAUGGUUGUCGCGUCAUACAGAAGGCAAUAGAAGUAGUCGACGUGGACCAGAAGAUCAAAAUGGUUGAGGAGCUUGAUGGUAAUAUCAUGCGCUGUGUACGAGAUCAGAAUGGAAAUCACGUCAUUCAGAAAUGUAUUGAAUGUGUACCAGAAGAUCACAUUCAAUUUGUCGUCUCGACAUUUUUCGGACAAGUUGUUACUCUCUCCACCCAUCCAUAUGGCUGUCGAGUAAUACAGAGAGUAUUGGAACACUGUAGCGAUCCAGAAACCCAAAGUAAAGUGAUGGAAGAAAUCUUGGGAUCUGUAAGCAUGUUGGCACAAGAUCAGUAUGGUAAUUAUGUUGUUCAGGUAUGGAAUACUCACUAUCUAUAUACUAGUGUCUUGACUGUCUUAUUUAGAAGUAACUAUUUCCAUUUUCUUUUUCAAGAGUUAGUAGUUCGUUUUAUCAUGUUGUAUUCUACACAAUAUCCUCACUUCUUGACUAGUAUGGAGCAAUUCGUAAAAUGUAUCCUGAUAUCUGAUAUUGUGUGGCACAUACUUUUGAAAAGCAAGAAGUGUUUGGAAGAUGAGGUCAUUGAACGGUCAUUCGUCAAGCGUGCUUCAUCUAUUCUUACAGUCUUGUUUCUCAUGCUCUCAUAUCCCAGUAGAGUUAAAAAGCGAGAAGGUUUGGUUUCAAAUUUUGCAUUGUGUUUUCUCAUUUUUCUUCUUUUUGUCCAGGCUAUGAUGAAAGAUCAGUUUGCAAAUUACGUUGUACAGAAAGUUUUGGAAACUUGUAGCGAUCAGCAACGUGAGCUGAUCAUGUCGAGGAUAAGAGUUCACUUGAAUGCUCUGAAGAAAUACACUUACGGAAAGCAUAUUGUCGCGCGUGUUGAAAAGCUAGUUGCUGCUGGGGAAAGAAGAAUUGCUGCUCAGUCCCCAAGUCCGGCUUAGUCUUGUAGGAAAGAAAGUUGUACAGCUAACUGAGGCUUAGUUUGAGCUACCUAUCUUCCUUUUCUUCCACAUCUAGUGUUUUAGCUCCAUACAUGUCUUCAAAGGUAUGGAGUAAAUUGCAAAUAAAGUUGUUACAUGUACUAGAGAACUGUAAAUUGUGUAGUUAAAACAUAAAAGCAGGUAUGCUGAAGCUCAGAUGUCAAAUAUUCGAGAUGGCUGUGCAGAGGAAGUCAAGUCUCCGGAGGGUGUAAAAAAUAUAAGACCGGCGAGGUAGUUUAUAUCAACGCGAUUGUACAAAUGUUGCCAUGUGGAGAGUUGAUGUUUAGGUGAGAACAGAAAUUUCAUGUAUGGUACUGACAAUUUUCUUUUAUGGCUAAGUGUAUUUUCCUUCAUCUUUGGUUGCUGUCAUUUUAUGAAAAUUCAAUGCUUGGGAUUAGUAUU